AGAAUCUUACGCGCUUUCUUGUUCAAAGUCUACCCAAUUUUCCCUCUCCUCUCGCCUUCGAUCAUCACUCACAAAUAUACAUCUCCGAGAAAAAAAAUACAAAUUCUCUGGAAAUCUAAUCGUGUUUUGAUCGGUGAAGGAGGGGAGAAUCCAGCUCAGUUUUGAAUGGGGUGCUGCACCAGCAAGAGCGCCGAUUCCAAGGCCAGCCGCACCGCUCGCUGGCGCUCCACCGGAAUUGUUGCCUUGCGCGACUCCAAAUUGAAGACAUUUCCAGAUGAAGUUCUUGAUUUGGAAAGAUCAGUCCGCACGCUUGAUUUGACGAACAACAAAUUAGUUGAUGUGCCGACGGAGAUAAACAAACUGAUAAACUUGCAGCGGCUGGUUUUAACAGAAAAUGUUAUUGAGCGUCUACCAAUGAACUUGGGGAAGCUUCAAUAUCUAAAAGUUAUGGCACUGGAUGGCAAUCGGAUCACCACAUUGCCUGAUGAAUUUGGUCAAUUGGUGAAACUGGAGAAGCUAUCAAUAUCCCGAAAUUUGUUACUAAACUUGCCUGAAACUAUUGGGAGCUUGCGGAAUUUGAUGCUGUUAGAUGUGUCGAACAAUAAGAUAAAGUUUCUUCCUGAAUCCAUUGGCAGUUGCUUUUCUUUGGAGGAAAUUCAAGCUAACGAAAAUUCUAUUGAAGAGCUCCCAUUGUCAGUUUGCAAUCUUGUUCAUCUAAAGUCACUCUGUUUGGAUAAUAACAAAGUGAAGCAGAUACCUCCAAACUUGCUGAAAGAUUGCAAAAGCCUGCAGAAUAUAUCCCUCCACGGCAACCCCAUUUCUAUGGAUGAUUUUCAACAGAUGGAAGGCUUUGAAGAUUUUGAAGGACGGAGGAAAAGGAAGUUCGACAAACUGAUAGAUUCGAAUGUGAUGAUAAACUCCAAAGGCCUCGAUGAGGGCGUCGAUCUAUGAGAUGCUUGCUACUUCUGCUGCAAAUAUUGUUAGGCUUCUAGAUUCUUGCAGUUGCCUGAUUUUCUGAUGUACCAUUAUUUAUGACAUAACUGGCUCUCCUUUUUUUCCCUAUGUUUCAAGAUGUAUAGUGGUUUGAUUGGGUUUAUUUGCAGUGGAAGGUUUGCUAGCAAAUAAAUGUAAAUGGCGUUUUUGUCCUUGCCACUUGGCAAUUAUGUAUGGGACUUGCAGUACCUGAUUCUGUAAACAUUUAUAAAUGCAUCGAAUAAAUUGUUGUAUAUAAAGGGCA